GGAGUUAAGGCACAGACGCGGUGGCGUUUUUCGCUCAGAAAUAAAAAAAAUCAACAUGUUGUGGCUUUGACGCAAAACCGAUACUAGAUAGGCACAUUUCACCCUGGCACAGCUUUCACCUGAAGAGGCGGCCACCCAGCCAGAAAUGGGGCUCCUAAACCCCUACCCAUUGCGGCUGCAGCCGCACCGAGACGCGGUGACGCGUGUGCAGGGAACCAUCUUGGAGCCAAAAUUGAUCUCGACCAUGUGGUCCGCACCGGGAUACCCUCUGUCGAUGCUGUGCCAAAAGUUGCUGAUUUGCGAGGAGUUCACCCAGUAUCGGGGGCGGCUGGGGCUGUUGACGCCCUUCCGACUGACGUGGCGCAUGGUCUGUCGCGAGCCGAUGCACGUCUCCUUUCAGGGCUUCGGGUUUCACCUACUGCACGUCUAUGUGCGCGACUGGCUCCGCAUUUGGGGCGACGCGUUGCUGGUGCCGGCUUUCGCUCGCUUGUGGAGGAGUCCCGGCGCGGAAGUGAGAAGACUGUACUACUCCGCCCGGCGGUUAAGCUGUAGGGUGGCGGCCGGCUUCGUGGGUGGCGCGGUCACCAUCCUCCGGCUGGUGGGCCUCGGGAAGUUAUUCUCCUUGUCUCCAACUUUCAACACCACGCUUUUGUCCGGCCUGAACAGUCCCUCGGAUUCCGAGCCGGCAUCGAGAACGCGAGAGGACGACGACAAUAUUGUGUACCAUGGCAAUAGCCGCGAACUAUCGCCAAAGAUUCGCCUAGCUUCGCCGCCGCGGGGCACAGUCACAAAUGACAUAACGUCGAGAAGUAGCAGCAAAAUAAAUAGCGGAACUGCACCAGUAGAGUUUCCUAAUCCCGAACGAGGGCAAAGCGACCAUUCCGGUCCGUCCGCUGAUCCAUCUUCUCAAGUGCAGCAACAAAUAGAGUCCGACACGAAUUUUGCCCGUAUUUUAAUGAAGUACGCAACGGAGAUGGCAGCGUACCCGUUUCUCAUUCUGCACAACCGCGCGAUUUUCGUUUCUGGCACUACGAAGGACUUCUGGCGCUUGAACUACCAAAUCCUGCAACUCUACGGACUGUCCAGCUUCUUCGAGGGAUUGCCGCUUUACAUGACUACCGUCGUAGCGGAAGACUUCGUACAGAUGUUGAUCGCAAAGAUCAUCAACUGGAAACUGAGCGACCUGUCCCAGAUGGACCUGACGAUGGUCCGGUUGUCCUUUUCAGUUCUCUUCGGGCAAUUUCUCUCCCCCUUCGUGCAGCUGGUGAGCUUGCGGCGAGGGGAGUCGAGCUACUUCAUUUCAAAAAACGCGAAGGCGAUUCAAGCCGUCAAUUUGGAAUACACUCGCGGCGUGGUGAGAGUUUUGUUUAUCUACUUAUUUCUACAGGCUUUGUCUUGUUGUUCUUGUUUUUCAUAUGCUCAAAAUGGUCUCGUCGAUCGAGGACGCAUGUUGAAACAUGGAUGAACAUACACCAGUGACAUUUUCAAAAAACGCGAACGCUGACUUCAAAGUCUGCUGAUUGAAAAAGCUAACUCAAAAAUAAAUCACAUACGUACCAACUACAGCCCUCGUCCCUGAAGCUUCCGGAAGCGCAACCCGUCGGACUGUUACUGCAGCGAAUGUGCAUGCGAACCAUGUUGUACCAGCUGGCCCUUACCGGGGUGAUCGUCGGCGUGAACUAUGCCGCUGCGAUGCUGCUGAACAUGGCAGAACGAGAGGAGCGCGAGCGGAAUCGCGAGCGGGAAAAUUGAUGUGCCUUUUUGCCACGCUGAUGCAUCAGCACUGUGCUGUGUUAAGAUGUGAUCCAAAUACUUACGCAAGAAAAAAUGCAGCAAAUUAAUUGAGAGUGAACAAUUCAGGAGGUAAGUAGGGUGCAGUUUUGCUGCUGCUGUUGUAGUGCUAUGAAUAUGAAUGCAACGAAUGGAUGCGCAUUGGAUUCAAAUAUAAUGACGAGCAGACCGAUCAUUUUCAUUCC